AAGCUGCGAGGGUCACACUGUUUUUUAGAUGCAAAAUAAAAUAAUGACGCUGACAUCGAAUCGGACAUAGGGGACGAAUAAUGGAUAAUAAUGUAGAGCAAACAGCAGCAAAGACCCAAAAAGCCGAAUCCACAGCAUCAACAAUAGGAGCACCAGCAUCAGGAGGAGCACCUGCAACCGGAGCAAGAGGCGCGGGACCAACGCCCGGCGCAAACUCCUCGACCUUUUGGAAAAACAGCGGACGUCGGGUGCCCGGACGACCCAGUCCCAAGCGGGAGCUCGAAAAGUCCGUGGGAGUGGGACUCGGCGCUGACUCCGCAACUGGCAUGGUGUCCACCUUUACCGAGUACCAGAAAUCGGUGAGCGAUGCCUGGGACAUGGGUGAUGACGAGUUUUGCAUCAUUAGCAGCACAGAGGCAGCUGCGGCGGCGGCAGCUGGAGCUGGCGGUGAUUCCGCUCGCUUUUCCCGGCAAGUGUCCCAGACGGUGGCGCUCAACGUCAUCGAAACCCACUCGCGGAGCAACCAGAACCAUAACGCAUCUCGGCCGGCCAGCGAAUGUAAUCUGGAUUCAAUUCCAGCUUGCAGGAGCUCGGUUGAUGACAACAAGGAAGACCACAGAUCGCUGCCGGACAGCAACGAGAACAGAUCGCGAUUGAGAAACUACCCAGGAAGGCCGCAACUGCAGAAAAUCAGUUCGAACUGCCAGGACAGCGAGUAUGAGACAAAAAUUGAAAAGUUUCAGGUGGUGCUAGACUCUCCUCAACUCGAUUUAGUGGCCCUCAAGAAGAUCAGCUGGUCUGGCGUGCCACGGAAGAUGCGCGCUGUCAGCUGGAGACUCCUUUCGAAAUAUCUUCCGCCGUCGAGCGAACGGAGGAUGGCAGUGUUAGAAAGCAAGCGGCAGGGUUAUCAAGACCUCAGACACAACUACUUUCGGGUAGAUAGUCAAGAUGAGACGCAACAGGACACCUACCGCCAGAUCCACAUCGAUGUGCCACGCAUGAAUCCGCAGAUUCCGCUCUUCCAGCAACAGCUUGUUCAAGAGAUGUUCGAGCGCAUUCUCUUUAUCUGGGCCAUUCGACAUCCUGCCUCGGGCUAUGUGCAGGGUAUCAACGACCUAGUUACGCCCUUCUUCAUCGUCUUUCUCCAGGAGGCCCUAACGCCUAAUACGGAUCUAGAGAAGUAUGAUAUGUCCACGUUACCCGAGGAAACGCGCAACAUCAUAGAGGCAGACUCUUUUUGGUGCCUAUCUAAGUUUCUCGACUGUAUCCAGGAUAACUACAUCUUUGCCCAGUUGGGCAUACAGGAAAAGGUUAACCAACUAAAGGAUCUGAUACAACGCAUCGACGUGAAUUUACACCGUCAUCUACAGGCACAUGGCGUCGACUACUUGCAAUUCUCAUUUCGUUGGAUGAAUAAUCUUUUGACACGCGAACUACCGCUGCACUGCACCAUCCGGCUGUGGGACACAUAUCUGGCGGAGUCUGAUGGAUUCGCCCUGUUUCAUUUGUACGUGUGCGCGGCUUUCCUGCUGCACUGGAAAGAGCAGCUAAUGCAACAGAACGAUUUUCAGGGUCUCAUGUUGCUGCUACAAAAUCUGCCAACACACAAUUGGUCCGAUCGCCAAAUCAACGUUCUAUUGGCCGAGGCAUUCCGCCUUAAGUUCACGUAUGCAGAUGCACCUAAGCAUCUGGAGACAAAGAGUUGACAAAAGCAACACAAACAACGCAUAUACGUAACUUAGAAGUUAGUUUACUACGAUUUGCGGAAUAUACCUACACAAUACACGUACGCUACAUACAUCUAAUAAUUAUAUACAAUUUGUUAUUUAGACGUU